AUGAUGGCCGACAGGCUCGAGCCCUCGACUCCUGCGGUCGAUCGCACGCAAGCGCCGCCCGGGGCGGCCACGCAGGGCACGGUCACGCCAGCCACGCUCACGCCGGCCCCCGCGGCGCUGCGAACGCCCGGGACGCCGCUCGACGCGUGCAGCAUCUGCUUCGAGUCCCUGACGUGCACCCCUGCGAGGAAGCACACGCUCCGGACUUGCGGUCACAGAUUCCACAAGACGUGCAUUCGGAGGUGGGCCGAGCACAGCGCGGCGCGGAUGGGCGACGGGCAGCCCAUGUGCCCGAUGUGCCGCCAGCAGCUCCCGCUGGACGACUCGCCCUUCGAGAACAUGACGGUGGUCGCGCCGGAGGCGGUGCCGAGGUACGAGGUGAACUACCCGCCGGUGCGCUCCUCCGCCGUGAUGCACCGGGCGCACGUGAUGCGGGAGGCCGUGCGGCGCGCGAACGAGGCGAGGGCGGCGGCGGCGGCGCAGGCGAGCGCGCAGCUUGCCGCGCAGCAGGUGGCGUGA